AAAUGCGGAGUCAGUCAAACACACCUUUGCACUGGGCUCUUUGGCAAAAGAUCAUUGCAGCUAGGGAUGCUGGGAAUUGUAGUAAACAACAGCUGGGAAUCCCUGUUAGAGGGAACACUGGAAUUCCUCUUCUCAGCUGGUGCACCUACUGUGGCUGUUCUUGGAAAAGGCCGACUUGGUUUGUGCUUCAGCAUAUACCUGAAUGUUUACAAUAUAUAAAGUGACAGAAAUAAAAUAUAAGAUAUGCUAUCAGAUGGCAAAAACGCAGUUUAGAUUGUAUGACCAAUGUUCAGGGCUCAUAAUGGUAAAAUGUUGAAACAACUCCUCAUCUUAACAGUACUGGCACAACCGUGUCAGUAUAAUAUAAGAUUGCUAACUUAGCAAAGAUGCACCUUUUAAAAGUCGUGAUUCUCUUAUAUUUAGCAUGGGGAGAGCAACUGCCCCUAUCCAACCCCAGCACAGCAUCCCUUCAAUAGUGGUCGCUGGUGCUUACCUUGAAUUUCUCUUGGGACUAGAGUCUAUUUUAAUUUAAUUUAAUUUAAAUUUUGUAUGUAAACACAUUGAGAACUUCUUUGAAAAGAUUUACAUAAAUAUCUGUAUUAAUAAAAUUAUCUGUUUCUUUGGAAAUAUUUCUCUUUACAUCAUCCCUCCCUUUCCUUGGGGUGGGUUGCAGAUAUUCAUUUUCCAGUAUUGUUUAUCCUACACAUGCUGCCCCCUCUUCCGUUCUCCAUUGUUGCCCCCCAAAGGCUCCUUCCCUCCUCCAGUUAUGCUUCCCCUCCCACCCCACAUACCAGUUUGCCCUCCCCACUUUCUUCCUGCUCUUAUGCCCGUCCCUCCUUUUUGGUCUCCGGAAGAGCCGCUUUCCUGCCUGGGGCAUCCUCGGUGUUUAUGCAGUCCACCAUUUACUCCCCACAAACAGGCUCUCCUCAUUGGGAGCUUGUCUCAGUCUCCAAUGGCCGGAGCUUUGGAGAACUGGAAGCCCUCGGCUACAGCUGCCCCCUGACUCUGUUCCUCUUCUCUGUCCCCUUCCCAGGCUCCUCUUCCCACUCUCUGAAGUAUUUCUACACGGCGGUGUCCCAGCCUGGCCAGGGGCUGCCCCAGUUCAUCACGGUGGGCUAUUUGGAUGACCAGCUCUUCAUUCACUAUGACAGCGACACCAGGCAGAAACUGCCUCGAGCUCCCUGGAUGAAGGCGUUGCUGGAGGAGGAUCCCCGGUACUUGGUCCGCAACACGGCGAUUGCUCAGAGCAAUGAGCUGGUGUUCAGAGAUGCCCUGGCUAAACUGCGGGGUCGCUACAACCAGAGUGGAGGGCUUCACACCUUGCAAAAUAUGUACGGCUGUGAGCUGAGCAAAGACGGACACAGAGGAGGGUAUGACCAGUACAGCUACGAUGGGAGGGACUUCCUCAGCUUUGACAAGGAGACCCUCACCUGGACGGCAACUGAUGUGCCAGCCCAAGUGACCAAGAGGAAGUGGGGGGCUGAAUUUGCUGAUAACGAGUACCAGAAGGCCUACCUGGAGGGGGCCUGCAUUGAGUGGCUGCAGAAAUACCUGGACUACGGGAAGGAGACGCUGCUGAGGAAAGAACCCCCAACUGUGAAGGUGGCACGCAAAGCAGCCUACGACAACAUGGAAACCCUCGUCUGCCGGGCCCACGGCUUCUACCCCAAGGAGAUUGACAUCAACUGGAAGAAGGAUGGGGAGGUCUGGAUGCAGGACACCUUCCGUGGGGGUGUUGCCCCCAACUCAGAUGGGACUUACCAUACCUGGCACAGCAUCAAGAUUGACUCAAAGGACAGGGACCGCUACCGGUGCCACAUAGAACAUGAUGGCCUUCUGGAACCCCUGGAUUUGGCCUGGGAGGAGUCUGCAAGUGACCAGGAGUCCGACAGGUUCUCCAGAGAAUCAUCUUCCGUUGGUGUGUGAAAAGGGAGCAGAGGGAAUCUACUGAAGGCUUCUUGUGUGAAUUCCAGCUGCUAAGACCUUCUGCCAGCCCUGAGCACCCUUUUGUUAUACUACCUCAUCCUACAUCUGGCCCCGCUCCAGCAUCCUGUCUCCAGCUAGCAAAAUGAUUUGUAUUUGAGGGAACGUCUUGCUGAGGACUUUGAGCUAAUCUUGUUUUUCAGCUGAUUUUCAAAACCAUUUCUAUAGAUCUGAAAUGUGCAAAUACUUGUAAUUUUUAAAAAGAACCUUUUAAAUGGGGUAAAAAGAAUUCAUGUAUGAUUUGUGCUCAGUUGAGCAGUUCAUCUGCAGUGAGUUUGACCUUAUCUUGCUAAGGUUCCCUCCACUCCUCCUCAUCCCAUUUCUGUCACUAUCUUGCCAUCCAAACGGAAUGAAAAGCAAAUGUACAUCUUCCAAUGGUUACAGGACCAUUAUACAUGGAAUAGAUUGAGUUGAUCGCUACCUGCCUACUAGAAGACCUUUUGGCUUUGGCUGAUGUGAGGUGACAUCAUAGAAUGUUCAUAAGCAUUCUAACUCACUGCUUAAAUCAAGAGGAUGUCAGCAACAGAACAUGGACAACAUAGCUUUCCUGCAAAGAAGGGGAAAGUCACUUUUGUGGAGAAUUUUUUUUGCAUAGGGAAGCAGAGAAAGGACUGUGAGUAGGAAGAAGAGAUGCUUAGCAGGUAGAGAUUGGGAUUGGGGUAUGCUGGUAAGAAAAAAGAGGACCCAGAGGCACGGUAGUUUAAGGGAGUAGAGCAGACAUGGUUGAACCAGAGUCUGAUUUGGAGGCUUAUCAGUUCUUACUAGAUCCAAAGACUCACCCCUAGAACCCAGUAGGAGGUGGGCUUCAUGUCUAUUCUGUUCAAAAAUAGAAUAGACAUGAAGGGGAGGAGAGGCCAAGCAGAGGGCAAGGGGCAAACAGCUUAGGUCCAGGGUAUUCUGUAAAACAUUUUCUUUGUUAUGAGCCCCACCACUUACUGAGAUCAACCCGGGAGGUCUAUCUGCAGUUGAUACCUGUUCAUCUGGUGGCUACUCAGGGAUAGGCCUAUUCUGUUGCCGCCCCAAGGCUUUGGAACGUGCUCCCUGUUGAAAUAAAAGCCUCCCUCGCCAACUCCAACUAAAGUUUGAUAACUUUAGAAAGUUAUCAAACUUUCUAAAAGGUGAUAAAGACGUAUUUGUUCUCCCAGACUAAUAGAUUUUAACGUUUUAAAUUAUUAUGUUUUAAGGUUUUAAUGUCUUACUUUAAACUAUCCAGAGAUGAGAGUUUGGGGUGGUAAAUAAAUAAAUUGGAGGCAAGGUGAGCAGGAAUCAAAUUUUGAUUGGAAUUAACAGCCAGAACCUUGACCACCUGUCUUCGUUUUAUGCGGAUUCUUCUUGUCUACUCUGAGAAUUAUCCUGUAUCAACUCCUGACUGGCUAGGCUUGCUGAUUUGAACUGGAAAUUAUCAUUUGUGUGUUUUCCACAUGUCUUUGAAAGUAGGUCUUUCUCCCAGCUUCUUUGUCCAUCAAAUGGAUUUGAUGAAGUAGGCUCUUGCCUAUGAAAGAUUAUCUCGAAAUAAAUUUGAGAAUUUUCUGGGUGUCUCAAGACUCUUGUCUAGCUAAAGCAGGGGUAGGUAACCUGGGCACUCCAGCUGAUGUUGAACUUCAACUCCCAUCAGCCUCAGCCACAAUACAUUGAGGCUGGGGGUGAUGAGUGUUGUGAUUCAAUAACAGCUGAAGUACUAGAGGCUGCCUAGCCCUGAGCUACAGUAUAUAUCAGCAUUGGCCACUGUGAUCCAUGCGACAGUCACUUCUAGGUUAGAUUAUUGUAACUCACUUUAUGUGGAGUUGCCAUUGCCCCUGCUAACUGGGCAAAGAGGCACCUUUUACCGUGGUGAUUCUCUUUAUUUAGCAGGGGGAGAGUAACUGGCCCUAUCCACCCCCAGCACAGUACUUCCAGUGACUGUUGCUGGUGUGUGUCUUAUGUUUCUUUUUAGAAUGUGAGCCCUUUGGGGACAGAGAGCCAUCUUAUUUGUUUUAUUUCUCUUUGUAAACCACCCUGAGCCAUUUUUGGAAGGGCGGUAUAGAAAUCGAAUUAAUAAUAAUAAUAAUAAUAAUAACUCAGAGAUUGCAACUGGUGCAGAAUGCAGCGGCCAAGGUCCUUACUAAGGCGCCUUGGCGAGCACAUGUGACACCUUUGCUUGAUCAACUGCACUGGUUGCCGGUUGAGUCCAGGGUUAGGUUUAAGAUAUUAACUUUAACAUUUAAAGCCCUAAACAAUAUGGGCCCUCCAUACCUCCAGGACCGCCUUGUUCGAUAUGUCCCUUCCUGGGUCCUGAGAUCGGCCACAAGUAAUACCUUGGUGAUCCCGGGCCCUAGAGAUGUUAAACUGCAAUCAAUGAGAGCCAGGGCCUUCUCAGUGGUGGCCCCGGCUCUAUGGAACAGUCUCCUGGAUAAUAUCAGAGCUCUCCAUGAUUUGUUGGCUUUCCGUAAGGCAUGCAAGACAGAAAUGUUCUGUCAGGUGUUCGGUCGCUGAGAUAGCUGGUCAUAAAGUGAUCUGGUGAUCCAUGGUUAUUAUGUCUUGUAAUGAGUACUGUAUGGGGUUGUGGUUAUGAUGUUAUGUAUGAUGUAUUUUAUAGAACUGUGUUGCUUUGUAUGUUAUUGCUUGUAAGCUGCCCUGAGUCCUAUGGGAGUAGGGUGACAUAUAAAUCUAAAUAAAUAAAUAAAUAAAAUUUUGCAUCAGGCAUGACUGGUAAGGUAAUUGUUUUAAUAAACUGCUGACAGACCCUCUCCUA